AUGGUAUGGGCAGAUCCGAACGUUGGCCUUGCAAUUGGACUGACCACUGUAGCAGGAUUCGCCUCCGUCAUCGGUGGUGGAUUGGCAUGCCUCUGCGAUCCCGACAAUAAUCCUCUCUUAGCUGGGUGUCUAGCCAUGGCCUCGGGCGUGAUGGUAUAUGUCAGUUUCGUCGAGAUCUUCCCGGAAGCCACUCGAUUAUUCAACGAGAGCGGAUCAUUCAAUGCCGAUCAUGCCUUUAUGAUGACGACGCUAGUCUACUUCAUAGGGAAUGGUCUGUGCCUGGCGGUAGACAUGUUCACUCAAUUGUGGGUGUCCCAUAAGAAAAAUAAGGUUUCAAAGGCCGAUGUAGCCGCGGAAGAUGAUGACCAUCACGGCCUCGCCGAAGCGGCGAUCGCAGUCCAGGAGUUGACUACUGGUGCAGACCCCCUACCUGUGAAGGAUGAAAUCAGAGUUGAGGGUGGAUUGAGUCCAGUGUCGAGUGCCACGCCCCCUACAGGGAAUGUUGAGUGCCAAGAAGGAUUACCACGACCCCGAGUCCACACCAAAAGGGAGCUCCUGGCCACAGCUCUGUUCUCGGCUGGAGCUGUGUGCCUUCAUAACUUCCCGGAGGGAAUAGUUACUUUCAUUGGCACACUCGAGGCCCCGUCUGUUGGGAUUGCUUUAGCUACUGCAAUUGCAGUCCACAACAUACCAGAAGGUAUUGCCGUGGCCUCUCCGGUGUUGAAGGCCACUGGUAGCAAGAAGCAGGCCUUAUUCUGGACGCUUAUCUCGGCCCUCGCCGAGUCCCUGGGAGGCGUCCUGGCAUGGUUGAUCCUUGGUGAGAUGAUUAAUGAUGUAACUAUCGCUGUAAUGUUCGCCCUCACAGCCGGAAUAAUGGCAUACAUCGCUAUAAUCAAACUCCAAUUCUCCGCCUCUUACUUCGAUCCGACCAACCGAUGGGCCGGUGGUGGCUUCCUUCUAGGGACAGCUGUCAUGGCAACAUCCUUAGUCUUGUUCCGCUUAUGAGUACAUACUGUUCCUCUCGGUAAUACCCCGAUGACUGCCGAUUUAUUUUUUCAAUGCGACUCAACGAGCACGCUGGACGAGGAAAGCUCGUAAUUCUGUUUUGACU